UAGCCGAGCUCGCUCUAGUCUCCUUCCUCCACAUGAUUCCAAAUUAUCCCCAGUUUCAGAGAGCUCCCUCCAUAGUGUCCAUGGCGUCCUCAUCAUCGACCAGCCAGAGAAACCCACCCCGGGAGCGGUUGUCGCUCAUCCCAUGCCUGUACUGCCAUGAUAGGAUGAUGACCUUCAUCUGUGUUCCAACUGGAUCUAGGCCCGGCGACCGUUUCUACAAAUGUAUUCGGAAAGAUUCCGGAGGGGUACGCGAGGUACCUGACGACCGAUCGAGCUAUGGAUGUGGUCCAACUUCAGAUCCAGGAUGGAGUUCGUCCAGUUGCAGCCUCGGCGGUGGAAUAGCACAUCGGCGCAAUCAUAGCCAUGGUGACAAAUCUGCUCAGAUAUCCAUCCGGCUCGCCAUUACCCAUCUCUAACUAUGUGGACGGGGAUGAAUAUCAUUUUACCCAGCUCUGACCAGUGGGUACAGGUUACGCCGUGGACGGACAGAAUGAUCACGACUUGGUUUGCCCACCUGGGAUGCCGUGUCCCCCGUUAACAGCGCCCCGCGCCCGCUCCCAACGGCCGUCUAACAUAGAUACAUACACAUGUAUUCUCGCCUUAUUCUAUCCCUGUAUAUCCCAUUCAAUAAUUGAUGGCACAGAUCCCAUAGCAUAAUUGGACAGGCUAGAUACCCGGAUCAUGUGGAUGCGGGAGCCAAAACUCCCCUCCCAUUCUUUACAUAUUUUAUGGCUUAUUUUUACAAUAAUCUCUCAAAAGUUGGAAUAAAACUGGCCCUUAACCUGCAAUUCCAUUCUGCGUGCAAUGAUGAAUCACUCCUGCCUGCUAUAGUGUAGAUUUAGGUAUCAUCCAUGGCAUAACCUAAUACAUGAGCAUUUCAUUAUAGAAUCUGAAAUAUGCAAUGUUUAUGUUAGUUCAUAUGUUGCAGAUGAUGUUUAAAUGUCUCCUAAAUCUGUUCAGUCAAUUGAUGGUAUUUAAGCCUCCUUCUAUGCUUGUUUUCUUGAUAUGUAAUUCAGUGUUGUGCAAGAUUUUCUCACACGUGUGUUCCAUUGCUUGUUUCUAUCAGCCAACCAUACUAGAACUGUUUGCUUUGAUUACUUGCUGUUCUUGAGAUAACAAAAUGUGCCAAGGAUUUAAACAUUAAGGGUUGUUGUAGUGGGGGCUUGUAUAACUCAUAGGUGACAUAAAGGUUUGCAUGUACACUAAACUAGGCUUUCCAAGAGUACUUGGAGGUCCAGUUCAAAGGUACGCCUAGUUUUUACAUAAUGCACACAUAGUAAAUGCUCAUUUGAGUGUGUGCAAGAGAUAUGUCAUGUUUCAUUAUGUGGUGUCAUUUUGCUAUAAACUCAUGCUUUGGUGUUGCUCACAGACUGGAAAGUAUGCAUAUUUAUUUUCCAUGUAAGGAGACCAGUAACUAGUUUGUGUCACCUUGCAGAGGGUGUGCAAUGAAGAAAAGAUUUAGGAUUUCCAAGUAUAAGAUGUUAAGAAGGAGCCUUGCAAGAGAAGGAGGAGUAGCAUCGAGCCUAUACAACUAGUUAUGAUAAGUCACUGUAUUACA